CCCUAGUAUAGGUGCUCCACCGAACAGGGGUUAAUGCUGCUGGCCACUGUCGCACUUCCAUCACAACGUCCUCGUCCUCAUUCAUUCAUCUUCUUCAUCGAGCAAACUACAGUACCGUACCAGGUAGCAUUGAUAGUAUUGAUAGACCAUGAUGCUGUCAGGUUCCUCCAGAGCUCCAGCCCUUGCCCGGCUCACUAUCAGCCGACGACUUGCAAGAUCCGCCGUGUCCACAUCGCGUCGGUUGCAUUCCCACCAGAAAUGUUCCUUUGCAACGCCUAAUCGUCCCACACAGUCUCAUCAUCGUUGGUUGAGUACUACAACUACCAGUACAAGUACAACAACAACAGACGCCGCUCCAGUGCGUGAUUUUUUCUUGGACAAUUUGGGCAAAAUCUUUUUGAGUAUCAUUGGCGUGAUUAUUGCCUCGCUAAUCCGAUCGCAUUUUGGCACCAAGAAUUUGACGGCCAUUCGGGAUGAAUUGGAAGAAACGGCCGCGUUGGAUCCCAAAGAAAUUGACGAUCUCCGCAUGGCCAAUCGCGAAUUGUCGCCGGAUCUGUUUCGACUUAUUUUGCAGGAAUUGAAUGGCAAUAGUAAUAGUAGUGGCAGUGGUCAAAGAAGGAUGACCUACGAGGAAUUUGUCCAGCAAGUCCGAACGAUUUUGAUGCGCGAAAAAGGAGAAACUUGUACCAUUGGAUUGGGAUACUUGCUCGAUCGAGUCGUCAUUGCGGCAUUGCAGCAGCAACAGACUACGACGAACAACACGCAAGAAGAAUCGCUCACUACUACUUCUACAGAUGAUUCCUCGAUGCAGGACUUGACCAUGCCGUUGCCGUUUUGGAUGACGGUACUCUCUCUGGCGUUGCACGGUCCGGUGCCCGAUCGAAUUCGAGUCCUCUACGAAGUCCUCCAGUCCAUGCCACCACAAGAAGAAGACGCCACCAAUAGUAUGUCCAUGAUGACAAUGAACGACGACGACCACAACGACAAUAACUCGCCAACAACACCCGUCACAUUGGACAAGGUCGUGACCAUGGUGGGAUAUCUACAGGAUACCUGUCAACUCGUGCCGGACAAACAAGUCGUUCCUAUUGUGGAGGACAAGUACCCCGUACAACAACAUCGACGUGGAACGCCCCGAGAAUUGGUCGCCUGGGAGGCUGCCGCCGAUGCGGCUGCCAAGGAUGAUGUCUUGGAUAUUGAUGCCUUUGCCGAUGUACUACGAAGCAAAUCGGUCUGUGCGUGGGGAGAAUGCUACUUUAAAAAGAAAUAUGUGCCGUAAACAGUAAUCAUCCAAAAAGACAAGGCAAUAGUACUAUGCUGGAUUCGAUUCGAAUCAAUUCGUUGUAACGAUAAUACUGU